UUUUCGAAUAUCGCCAGAUUCAUGUACGUAGUCUUUUUGUUUUCUUUUUUCUUUUUCUCUCAGCGGCAGCACAGUGAAGACCAAGAAAAUGGCCAACAGAAACAAAUUAUCUCCUUUUCUUCUUAUCUGGAUCCUCGUUCUAUUUGGAACCCUAAUUUUCAUUCUGAACCGAUUAGGUGAUACAGGGGUCUCAUCGGAGCGUAAAGACAUUAAUGUCGACCAGAAUCAUGAGGCAAAAACAUCAGAAGAUUUGGAGAGCGUGACACAUAAAGUAUACUUUGAUGUCGAAAUUAAUGGAAAACCUACUGGUCGUAUUGUCAUGGGCCUCUUUGGCAAAAUUGUCCCGAAGACAGCAGAAAACUUCAGAGCUCUUUGCACGGGGGAAAAAGGAACUGGGAAAGCUGGCAAGCCUCUCCAUUACAAAGGUAGCACUUUCCACAGGAUCAUACCUAGCUUCAUGAUCCAAGGAGGCGACUUCACUUGUGGUGAUGGGCGAGGUGGAGAGUCAAUAUACGGUGAAAGCUUUCCAGAUGAAAACUUUGACCUAAAACACACUGAACCUGGUAUUCUGUCAAUGGCAAAUUCUGGACCAGACUCCAAUGGAUCUCAAUUCUUUAUCACAACUGUAACCACUAGCUGGUUGGACGGGCAUCAUGUUGUCUUUGGGAAGGUGCUGUCUGGGAUGGAUGUUGUCCACAAAGUUGAAGCUGAAGGGAGAGGAAGUGGAACCCCGAAAACUGUAGUUAAAAUAUCAAAUAGCGGUGAACUACCUCAGUGAUUCAAUUUUCCAUGUAUCAGAAUACCUUAAAUGCUUGGUUAGUGCUUACCUCGAGCAAAAGCCAGUUUCGUACACCAUCAAGAAAUCGGUUACGGAACUAUGGAAGCUUGUGUUAGAACGGCCCUUUGAAACAGGAUUGCGCCUGCUGCGUAGAAUAGACAAGGCUCAUUUUAUGAAAAUUGUUGUAAAACCUUUGCUUUUAUAUUUAUUUCAUAAAUGAUUUUGACUGAAUUAUAUGUAACAUAUACCAUAGAAAGAUAUGUUAUUGAAAUUUCCAUUUCGCCAGAGAA